ACGGCAGAACUCGCGCAGGUUUCAGGAACUAUUUUCAGAAGUUAUAGACUGUGCCUUUUGCAUAAGUGGCAAAGGAAUUGCGGGUGUCAUCCUGUUUUUAGCGGCCAAUUAGGAAGCCACCAAAAUUUUGUGCUCAGAAUGCGGUCUGAUACGAUGUUAAUACCACUCAUUUGUUUCGUGAUCAUUUCACUUAGUACAAUAUGCGUAACAGAAUCAGAUUUGUCACCAUUCUGCGCAAUAAAAGAUCCAGAAGUCCAGUUUGUGAAUAAUCUAGGUUUCCAGCUGUUGAACCAAAUGACUAAGUCAGUGGGAAAUGUAUUCAUAUCGCCUCUGGGAGCCUCUUUUGCUCUAGGAAUGACUUACUCUGGAGCUGCCAGCAGAACAGCACAAGAGCUUGAGGAAAUCUGGAAGGAUUCAGAUGGACAAUUUGCUACUGAAAAGGUUUAUGAAAGACUAGGAAAGUUUUUCACGAGCCCAGAUGAUAAUGAGAAGCAAUUCACUCUUUGGAACGGAUUUCUAUUACAAAAUGGAUAUGAGAUGAAAGAAGAUUUUGUAAACAAGUUGAAAAACUUUUAUUUUGUAGAGCCGAAAAUUAUAAAUUUUAUAAACGCUUCUGUAGCAGACGAAAUCAAUGAAUUCUUCAAUAAAGAAACAAACGGAAAGUUUGAAGAAAUAAUAGCUGAAAAUGAAACUGUGUCUCACUUGUCCAAAAUUCUACUCUUAAAUGCUGUUGCACUCAAUGAAACCUGGAAAGUACAAUUUCCACCCGAAAGGACUAAAAGGGAUUAUUUUUACUCAGGUCGCAGAGAAACCACAGAAGUAAGAAUGAUGUCGAUGGAAGCAGAAUCUUUCAAAUUUUAUGAGGAUCUUGAAAUGAAGUAUAAAUUCUUGGAAAUACCGUAUAAGGAUGACAAAAUGAACAUGGUAUUAGCAUUACCUACUCAAUAUGAUCAACCGGCUAAUAUACAAAUGGAUUCAAGACUAUUUUGUGAAAUCAAGAACAAAAUGAGCCACACGAAGUUGGACAUGAUUGCUUUUCCAAAAUACCGAUUUGAAACACAGACUAGUCUCAAAGAUGCUUUUAUGGAUUUAGGAAUUCAAGAUGCAUUCAAUCCCUUACAAGCAAAUUUUUCGAAUAUACAAGAUGACAGUGAUUUAUACGUUAGUGAUAUAAUCCAGAAAGCAAUAGUCGAAGUGAAUGAGACAGGCAACGAAGAAUCAGUAAUUACGAAAUUGAAAAUAAUGCCCGUUGCUUUCAGAGGUGUAAAAGAAUUUAUUGCUAAUCAUCCAUUCAUAUUCUACGUUGAAGACACGAACUCUGGUGUUAUACUUUUCUCUGGAAGAGUGGAUGAGCCUUCGGAGUCCAUACCGGUUAACAGAGAACUUACGUUUUAAAUGAUUACUGUGUUUUUACGUGUUUCGAUUGCCCAUUGUUCGUUAAAGUAUUAUGUAUGAUUAAAAUUAAUUUUAACUAUAA